UGCACAAAAAUAUGUAUAUGAAUCAUGUGUUGGUGUUUGUUGUUUUCUUAACCUGUUGUUAAUUUUGUCACUGUAGUCAAUUUAGUUUCAAGCGAAUUUUGUUAAUUUAUCAAAAUGAAAAAAAAUCUGAAAGAGAUGUGCAAAGGACGUUGGUGCAUAUGCGAGAAACGAUGUCUGUGCGAACAAUUCAGAUCGAAGGAAGUGAAGGUCUUGCCAGUCGAGCAGAAAACAAUGGCUGAAAAUGGGACACAGACAGAGAUACAGACCGCAGUUGAUUGGCGUGAUGAAAACGUUUUGGAAAACUUUCUGAACCAAUGGCGACGUGUUGAGCAUAAUGACCUGUGCCAGCUUCAGAAGCUCAUGACCAAAUCGACAGAAGAGAUCUUUGGACCAAUAGAUUUACCUGCAAUGAUAGAGCAUUCCUACCUUUUCCUUUGCAUAGUGAACUAUCGGAAAGAAAUCUUGGGAGCUAUUUGUGUUAAUGAUUAUCCUCAGUUUAGCUCAAUAAGCAAGACAGAAUGGGAGGAAUGGAUGUUCACAAAAUUCAGAUUAACAAAAUUCAACACGUCGAAUUCACUCUUUGUCCACCUCAUAUUGUACAAGGAAAAGUACAUAAAUAUAAUAUUUGGAUGUCUUUUCACUUCGAUAUUUUAUCUUCAUCCCCGAAUUAAAAAACUGGUUUUAAUGACUUUACCACAUGUCCAAUUGGAUCCUAACUGGGACAUUUAUUUUGAAACCAUACCUUUGGUUCAUGCGUUAGACAACACCUCCCUGCCUUCAUUUAUCUACUGGGUGCCAAGAAGAUCAUGCCUGGCAAUGCAUAGAUUUCGCCAAGCCAGAAAUGAAGAUAAUGAUCGGAUAGUAGAAACUAUUGAACACGAAGAACCCGAGUUGAUAAAAUUUUAUGGAAAAAAGUUAGCACAGGAUAUAAUAGGUUUUGAUACCGAUAGGAGGAUGUAUGUUGCUAAGGAAGGUGCUGGCCUUCUAGCUGUCGCUUGUGUCAACACCAAUGUGAAUACAGAAGUUCUACAAAAAAUGUUUCACACGAGUGCUUACAGCGGGUUUCAAAAGAUGACCAAUGCCGAUGCUAUUUGGAAAAAGAAAUCAGGAAAAAGAUACUACACUAAAUCAGGAUCCGAAUUUUCAUUAGCUGUCCCUGCGAGGAGUGAAUCGGAUGAACAGACUGCAAAACUGAAAGUCACUGCUUCUCAAGAUGCAGCAGUCAUGGAUGGUAUCGUCUGGUCGACUCUUUUGAUGCAUGAUGCUGAUUUGGACGAGGAGGAGUCUGAAGGGUCAGAAAUGAAAGUGCCGUUUGACGACUAUACAAUGAUGGAGCUUACCAGCUAUAGAAACUUGUGCAUGGCAAUGCCCUCUUCUGUUAUUCUGAACACUUUGGAAAACGCACAACCUCCUCCCAAGUCUGAAUUUUACUUUGGCGCUGUGAAUGCUUUCCUUAUUGAUUUCCUUAUGACUGGAAACAUGAGUCCAUCGGAAUCUUUGAACUUGCUACAAGAUAUAUUUAAAGAUUUGGAAAAGUAUGAUUAUGCAUUGAUCGCAAUUAAGCGGGGUCAAGAAAAACCGGAUUUUGCACAUCACAUGCUUGAGAUAUUCUGUAAGACCAGCCGUAGUAGCUGA